AGGGGCAGAAUAGUCAACCAAAUCCUCCGACGACUGACAGCAACCACCGCCGGGGGUCUGACUCCGUAGCAGUAGUAGCUCCAUACAAUAAAUUUUUCCACUUGUUUUGCAAAUUUGACAAAGGAAAAAACGAAAGAAAAGAUUUUUAUUUUUGUGGGAAACAAAAGAGAAAGUCAAGAGUUCACUGCUGCUGACCCGUAUUCCGUGUCCUUUUUCUUGGGCAAUUUUUUUUUCUUUUUCCGGGUUCAUUAAAUUCAAUGAAUUCCAUUUAGUUUAAUGAAAUCUGAUCCAAUCCCAAUCUCUAAUCAGAUUUGCUGCGCCCAUUUCACGCGGUUUUAGUGCCAUUUUGCCAGUUAGUAUACUCUCUUCUUUCUUUCCCGUUUCUCUGACCAUUUCUGGACAGGUUUUGUUUCUUCUUUUUUGUAUGUGAAUAGGUGUGGAUUUGUGUAUACAAUGGGAGGGGUUUGUUCAGGAGGAACUGUAAAGAAAAGUAGGAAAUCAGUGGAGGUUGAGCAUGAGAAGAGUUCUGGGUUUUCAGGGAAGCUGAAGUCCAUGGGGAGUUUCGGUAAGAAGAAGAACAAUGAUGAUUCUUACACAUACCAUGAUGAAAUUGAUGUUUUUGAGAAGGGCCCGCAUAAUAAUUUGUAUGAUUCCGGUGAGCUCAACCUGUCGAUUUCCCGUGAAUUGAAGCCAUCAACGCCAGCCAGAACACCAGCCAAUAAGGCACCUCAAACGACAUCUUUUCUUGGAAAGGCGGGUAUAGUAGGGCUAGAGAAAGCAGUGGAAGUUCUAGAUACUCUAGGCAGCAGCAUGACAAAUUUGAAUUCUGGUGGAUUUACGACUGGAGUGACGUCUAGGGGAAAUAAAAUUUCUAUACUUGCAUUCGAAGUUGCCAAUACCAUAGCCAAAGGCGCAAACUUGUUGCAGUCUCUAUCUGAAGAAAAUGUCCAGUUUCUAAAAAAGGAAAUCUUGAAUUCAGAAGGAGUGCGACAGCUGGUUUCGACAGAUAUGGAUGAGCUCCUCAGGAUUGCAGCUGCUGACAAAAGGGAUGAAUUUGAUGUUUUCUCUCGCGAGGUAAUUAGAUUUGGAAAUCUGUGUAAAGACCCACAAUGGCACAAUCUAGAUAGAUUUUUUUCUAAGUUGGACUCAGAUCCCGAAGUUAAUAAACAGCCAAGAGAAGAGGCAGAAAUGACUAUGCAAGAACUGACCACUUUGGCCCAACAUACCUCUGAAUUGUAUCAUGAGUUGCAUGCUUUGGACAGAUUUGAGCAAGAUUAUCAGCGGAAGCUAGAGGAAGUAGAUUCAUUGCACCUUCCUCGAAAAGGAGAGUCUCUCGCAAUGUUACAAAGUGAGCUAAAACAUCAACGCAAACUUGUAAGGAGCUUGAAAAAGAAAUCUCUUUGGUCUAAAAGUUUGGAGCAGAUUGUGGAGAAACUUGUUGACAUAGUCACCUUCAUUCAUCAAGAAAUUUCAGAUGUGUUCGGAAGUAAUGGGUUGCAGCCACCCGGAAAGGUUUCUGCUAAUAAACCAGAAAGACUAGGUGUUGCCGGUCUCGCUUUACAUUAUGCUAACAUAAUCACUCAAAUCGAUAACGUUGCUUCACGCCCAACUUCUCUUCCUCCGAGCAUGAGAGAUACAUUGUACAAUGGUUUGCCACCAACUGUCAAGGCUGCCCUUCGCUCCCGACUACAGACCGACGAGAAGGAAGAGCUGACAGUACCUCAAAUCAAAGCUGAAAUGGAAAAAUCUCUGCAGUGGCUCGUCCCGGUAGCAACAGACACUACUAAGGCACAUCAAGGGUUCGGAUGGGUCGGAGAGUGGGCCAACACAGGUAAUGAAUUCGGCAAGAAAACAAGCUCGCAAAACAACUUGAUCCGCUUGCAGACCCUCUACCAUGCUGACAAGCGCAAGGUUGAGUCUUGGAUUCUUGAGCUUGUAACUUUGCUUCACCGUCUCAUAAGCCUCGUACGAUACAGAGACAACGGACUCAAAGCUCAACCAGCACGUUCCCCAACUAACAAAGGAUCAAACGGCAUUUCUGAAACAUUAAGCAGGAGCAACAACGGCAGAAUGCAUGGAACCCAGCUCUCAUCCGAGGACAGAGAUCUUCUGGAAGAUGUCAUGAAAAGAAGGAAGUUCGUUCCGGGACUUAGCAAAAGCCAAGAAUUUGUGAUGGCAAAGAAGAAGAAGAAUAAGAUUUUUGCAUUGAGUAGGAGCACUGGUAGCUCCCCUCGACGAGGAAUGAAACAUCAACAGGGCGAUGUUCUGGAUAUAUUAGACGGUCUAGAUUCGUCGUUUGCAGUUCCCAGGUGAGAUCUCAGAUGAAGUGCUUAUUCUUUUAUUUGAUUCAGCUCAAAGUAUAUGAAUUUCGGGGCCUAGUGUAUAUAGCCUGAUGACUGUUGUAUAUUUUUUUGGAACAACAUAGCCAUACCGUAAGUAAUAUGCUAUCGCGUGUUAUUUUUAUAUAUUAAAAAUUUUGUAUCUGGAGGAAAAUUCUGCGUUUUAUGGAAAGUCGUCGUCCCGACUCCACUCUUUGAUGGAAAA